CCUUGGUCGGACGAGAGCGCCCGAGAACAGUAGCUCCAGACGAGGGCACGAAUCGACCCUUCCUUCCUUUGCGUCCUCGCCCGCGGAACUGUUCGAUCGCGGCACUGUUCCACCAGAACACGUACAACAAUAUUACCAGAUAGAGCAUCAGAUCCUGACUGUCGCCGUUCGUCCGUCCGUUCGUUCGUUCGUUCGUUCGUUCGUUCGUUCGUUCGUUCGUUCGUUCGUUUGUUCGUCCGUUCGUUCGUUCGUUAGUUGGUUCGUGGUGAUACGCGGGGAGAAAAUUCGUUUCUUCUCUCCGUCUUUCGUCUAGUCGUAAAGAAUGGAGGGUAAAAAAGUCGAGCAGUAUUACACUCCACCGCCGAAGCUUGGCAAAUGGGAGGGUUUCAGGGUCUUUGUAUGGAACUCCGAGACUGGACAGUUCCUGGGGCGCACAGGCGCUAGUUGGGGUAAGUUAUCUUUCAAAGGUAUUCUCCAUAUUGCACUAUUAUGUAAUACAAUUGCGGAAAGAUUUGGUCGAUCUGACAUUACGAUUUUCGGAUGGAAGCCCGAAUAUUACAACGACACGAAGAAUCUGCCCAGCACUAUGCCGACCGAUCUUCAAGAGCACAUCAAAGCGGAGGAGCACGCCAACAGGUUGGACACGGUGUGGGUCUCCUGCUCGGGUGAAAAUCCCGCCGAUGUUGAGAACAUGGGCGCGAUUCAAUACAUCCCGCGUCGCGGUUUUCCCGGUUAUUACUUCCCUUUCACAAACACCCCCGGAUACCUCAGCCCCCUCGUAGCCGUUUUCUUCGAGAGGCCUAAAUACGGUGUAUUGAUCAACAUCGAGUGCAAAGCCUGGGCGCACAACAUCAUCCACGAUAGAUUCGAGAGGCGUGGCUCGGUGCAUUUCGAACUGAUGGUGGAUUAAGAAAGCGGCAGCCACACCUUUUUCUGCGACCAUCCACUACACAACACUCGAACGCGUCCAAAGAAGAACGACACAAAAGGAAAAGGAGGGAAAAGGAGCAUACCAAUAAGAGAAAUUUCUUUUUUUUUAAUCGGAUCUCGGUGACCACUUCCUCCGCUUCCCUUCGUUUCUUCUCUGCCGGAUACGAUACCGCCCCCCACCCCCUCGCGGUUACUCCUCUCAUCGUAUAAUAUUCGAUAUUAGAUUAUUUGACCCAGCCAUUUUUCACCUCUCUCACCCCUCCCCUCUCUCUCUCUCUCUCUCUCUCUCUCUCUUCGUUGAACGCGAUCGCGCUUCUCAUCGUCAUCCGUGAAACGGACCGACGAGAGAGAGAGAAAAAAAAGGAAAUAAGACGCUAUAAGUCAACCCUCAUUCGCUUCACACUCGGCAUUCACACGCGUUGUACUCAUCAACUUUGUGCGUAUGUGCGUAUGUGUGUGUAUGUGUGUGUGUGUGUAUGUGUCUAUCUCGCAGCACGCGAUUCUUCGAUGCUCGUCUUGGCUUCCGCAAAAGCAUCUUAUCGGACCGGUUAAAUUGGCUACGCGUAUCAUACAUAUAUAUCUGUGUAUGCAUGUAUAAUAUAUAUAUAUAUAUAAUAUAUAUAAUGUACAUACGUAGACAGACGUAGAUAGAUAGAUACGUAUUUACGGUAUACGUAUCAGGAUGCACAAAAAGGGAUGCGCAUUGAGAAGCGGAAAAAUUCUGCACAAAAGAGAGGAAAAGAAAAAAAAAAGAAAAAAGUCACAGUUCGGGCGGUAUCACGCUGUUUCUAUGGAGGGGAGUGAAGGAGGGAGUGGUCGAUCGAAGGAAAUCGAUCGGAGGGCGUAAGAGAUUUCCCUCACUUUUUUUCGAAUUUCCCCCUUUUCGCGAAUUUACGCUUUUACUUUUCGUCGCUUGAUUUCGCGGUCUCGUUGGCGGGCAGGUUUCGAUGCAGAUGCACACCUUUUUAGGUUUUUCCUUUAUUUUUCUUUUAUCACUUUUCUUCUUCUUCUUUCUUUCUUAUCGAUGACUUUGCCUGGUCGACGAGACCACCUAACACACGUGUAGGGUACACCGAGGUGGAUAAAAAAAUCGUUACCCUUUAGUUGGUGCCACGUAGACGUAUUAAAAAAAAAAAAAAAAAGAAAAAGAAAAAGAAAAAAAAAAAAGAAAAUGUUAGCGCGUUUAUGGUGCACCCGGCACGGUGGAACUUUUGAUUUCGAAUUUCACGAAGAAGCUCUCGGAUCUCGUGGCUCUCUCGGCGAAUCUCGAUCGAAAGUUCCGUCGUUUCGGGCGAAAGGGAAUGAGAAGGGAGGGGAUCGAUCGAAAUUCACGAUAUAUAUAUAUGUAUAUUGCGCGCGCAUACGCGAGCGGAUCGUGAAGGAAAAGGAACGCGACAAGAUGGAGGAACGCGGAAUCGGAACGAGACGACACGUGACUACUCUUCGAUCGAUCGAGUCGUUUUUGCCGCGGUGGAACUUUCGAUUGGAAAUCCUUUCGAUUUUUACCAACUUUGCGAAUAGAUUUCUAUUUCAUUGGAUAAUUGUUUUGGAGAGGAAAGGAAAACGGAGGAAUGAAACGGGUCAAUUUUCUAAUUUCGAUCGUUGAAAAGAGAAAAAUGAAAGAAUUUUUGGAUUUUCAUUUAAAGUUCCGCCUAUGAGGAGAUAGGUUAUAUUAUACUGUGUUUACGUAGUACAGUGAUUAAUGGUGGUAACGUGAAUAAUCAGAGAAAUGGAAAGUAAUGAUUGAAAAAAUUGAAAGAGGGAAAAAGAGAAUAUCUUUCUAUUAAACGUCGUUAAACGAGAAAACGUAUAAAAGCAAUCUUAUAUUUUCUUUGAUUUUUCUUCUAUUAUAUCUAUAUGUACAUAUAUAUAUAUAUUAAAAAAGAAAAGAAAGGAAAAGAAAUGGAAAAAAAAAAACUUCAAUUUCAUUCGAAUUGCUCAAAUGUUUUAAAAAGAAGCGGAGGAAAAAAGAUAAAUUUCUGUUAUGUUACCGCCAUUAAGGUUAAUAAAAAGAUGUAAAUAGAUACGAGAUUCGAAGCAAAUAAGAGCGGAGGAUAUUAGAAAAAAAAAAAAAAAAAAGAAAAGAAUUUCGUUGGAUUUCGAUUUGUCGAGAAAAAGCAGCGCGCAGUUUGCACGGGGAAAAAGUUUAAUCAGCCUAGCGAUAAUCGUACAACACCGUAUGGGAUAUGUAUUUAUGAUUAUAUCGUACCGCAUGAUAAUAUCUAUAGUGCUAGUCCACUGCAAUCGUAUAGUCGAUAGGUUGUAUCAUCAGUCUAGAGAUCAGAGGAACUAUACGUUCCGUUUUCAACGAUUUGAUUCGAGUCGAAAAAUUUCCACCCUUGCGUACACUUCGAUUACGCGUCUCAUCCGUUUCAUUCAAUUCGUCGUAUUCGCCUCUCGCUAAGCUUCGUAAAAAUCGAUUAUUUUUGUUAUUCGAUUCUUUUUCUUUUUUUUUUUUUUUUUUUUUUUUUUUUUUUUUUUUUUUUUUUAUUACCAAUCGAUGGUAACGUACUUAACAACAGAAUCGAACGAAAUCGAACGUCCAUCCUCUGAUCUCCAAAGUCUUUGUGGCUUGAAGCAUAUAGAAGCAAAGCUGGUUAUUCCGAGAGCUUGUUCGUUUUUUCGAAUUAGACAGCGUUUGCGCGUUAGUCGCCGCCCCUUUCUCUGGGAUCACCGUUUAGGGAUGUUUUAUUCGAUCAAACGGCGUGGAAGAAGGAUCCUUUGUCCUCGCCUCGAUUGUUCGCAAACGCUUGUAUCACGUUGAACACUACCAAAGUUUUACUGCCAUUAUAUUGUAUCCAUCCGUUACAUCCUCUUACUUACACGAAUCUUUUUGGAUUCAGUUGCAUCAAUCUUAAACCCUUGCGUACGUUGAAAACGUUCGAGACGUAGUCGUAAUAGCGAUUUUUGGUAUCCCUGGUGUCUUUUUUUUUUUUUUUUAUUUAGGAUCGACAAAUCUCAAUUUUAAUCGAUCGAGAAAGAGCCGGUGUUAGGAAAGAAAAAUUGCAUUAAAUGAAAGGAUCGAGCGAUCUUGAUCGUGCGAACAAAACGAUAGUACAAAGGCUAUAGAUCAAGCGAUCCGAACGGGCGGCGACUUCGAACGUGAGCGCUGCCAUAAAAAUAUACCCCACAUCGUUUUAUCCUUUAUUUAUUAAUCGAAACGUAUCGUGCGAUUAUUAUUACAAUUAUUAGUAUUAGUAUAUCAUCAUCAUUAUUAUUAUUAUUAUUCUCAUUAUUAUAUUUCUCUUACUCGUUAUUAUUAUUAUUAUUAUUAUUUAUAAUAGUAUUAAUAUCAUUGUCAUUAUUAUCGUUAUAAUGAUUAACUUAUUAACGAUCACUUAUUUUUUGAGUCCUCGCCCGGAGCCAUUAUUGAGAUAAGAAAGAAACUUAAUAUAGAUUAAUCGUCGACGACACUAUUAACUUUUAAGAAAAAAAAGAAAAAAAAAAAAAGAAAUGAAAGGGUAGAAAGGAGAAGAAAGGAAACAAGAAUGUGCGAGAGGAUAGAAAAGAUAAAGAGAAAUGAUGAAUUAUGCGUUUGACGGUAUAAAGUACUAUUAUAGAAAUUAUUACACUUGUAAUCCAGUGCACCGAAUCGAGAGCGAUAUUAUACAUGUAUAUUCGUCAUUGUGAAAACGAGCUGUUUCUAAUAAUGAAGAACAACUGUUGUUAAAGUAAUAAGGUAUUACGUUUCACUCACAAAAGAAUGGAUAAACGUGAACGAAAGAGAAUGUUGGAAGAAAAAAAAGCUUGGUAUCGAGGAGAAAAGAAAAUAUCAUGCUUAAAGUUUCUUAGUUCGCCGUUCCGAAUUUCCAUUUUUCGAAACGAAAUUGUAUCAACUUGAAGGAAGGAGGAUGGAAAGCUGGUAAAUAUUACAAAUAUUAUUCAAACUAGUUAUCGAUCAUGGCAUAUUUUGCUAUCCUGCAGACUACGUUUAUUCUCCAGAUUCUAUUUGGAACAUGUUUCCUGUGUGAUAAUUGUUAACUCGAUUAGCGCUUUAAGUAUGCACGUGAGAGUAUGCGUAUGUAUGAGUAGAUGAAAAUUUUGACGAGAACAAAAAAAGAAAAAGAAAAAAAUGUGGCGGAAUUAUAAGCUUUAAGAUAUAUUUAAAGAUGUAUCGAAUAUAUUAUAAAAUUAUAUACGUAUAUUUAAUAUAUAUAUUAUAUAUACUACGUAUGAUAUAUAUAUUAAUAUUAUAUAUAUUAUAUAUAUAUAUUAUAUACAUAUACAUCACAUGAAUACACCUAAGAUAUUAUUACCAAAGAUAAUUUUAUCGUAAUUUCCUGAAUAGCCGGUAAAAUUAGUAAAAAUUCGACAGAACUCGCGAUAUCGUAUGAAAUUUGAACGCUAAGGGGGAAAAAAAAAAAGAGAAAAAAAAAAAAACAAUAAGAAAAUAUUAUUCUAACCAAAAACGAUUAAUUCCCGUAAGUACUUUUAAGUGUGAUUCGUAUAUUGUAACGCAUAUAUGCAUGCAUACCGGUUAUAUUACUAUUCGUUAAACGAUAUGUGUAUUAUUACGUAAACUAUAUAAGACGUUCGAAGACGUUCAUCGUACGUAUGUUAUGUAUAUGUGUUUGGAACCGCUCGGAUAAGUAAUUGAUACGUCGAUGCGGACAGAGUGGUGGUUUACGUGACAACUUACCGUUAAGGUUAUGUCGAAAAUUCGAUCGAGCGAACCAAUAUGUGUGAUACUUGAAAUAUAUUCAUAUACAUGAUCAGAAAAUGACAUGAAAUUCCUACGGUCGAGACACAUCGUGCGGUUGAUUCUUAAUAUUGGAUUCAUCUUCACGAUCCUCGCUUUCUUCCGAUUAAUACUCGCUUCACAAAAUUGACUUUUUUCCGUUUAUAGAGUUAACCUAUUUAAAUGCAUACGUACGGAAAUUCAAGCGAUUCUUGCAACGAUUGAUAUUUUAAAUCAGGAAAGAUCUGUUUCUGCUUUGAUUCGUAUUCAAUCCGGGAAAGGAAAUUAGCGAAUAUAUCGAUAUUCUGUAGUCGUAUAUCGUAUAUAUACGAGUACCCGUCACUGCAUCUACCUUUCAUAUCUUUGCGACUUUUUAUAGAGUAUAGAGAAGAGUUUAAACCAAAGAUGAUAUUGCCACAGUGAAAAAGAAGGGAAUAGUUGCGAAAAAUAAUACUAAUAAAAUAAAAGCAGAUAAAUAAUAACGAACGAAUGCUCGUGGAACGCUGUACAAGCAUUCCAAAGAUAUAAAAUACCAUAAACGCUUAUGUUAUGAUGCAGGAAUUCUUCCUGUAUCCGAUCACUAAGAUUUUACCGUAGACUGCGAAGACUCGAAUUUAGCAUAGUGCAAAAUCAUUGUAAAUUUUCUCGUUCCGCGAUACCUAUUGCUUUUGAGUCUUCGUACACCUACACUUGUUGUUGUCGAUUAAAAAAAAUUAUGUACUUAGAUCCAUUGUGACGACAUUGAUUAUUAGAUGUUUAAGAUAUUACCGUUGAUAAUAUAUUACAUAUAUGAUCUACGCCAAUAUAUAGCUGUCAAGAGGCCUGUCAGAGAAUCAUACAACGAGAUGAAACGAGUAGCAUGAAAGAUCGUUUUAACUCGGACGAUUUAUAAUCCGUGAAACUAUCAACUUCUAUACCGAAAUAUCGAUAUUUAUUAUUCCAAUUUAUCUUGACGAUUGAUCAAAAAAAAAAAAAAAAAAAUGAUAACACAAUUUGGCAGUAAAAGGAAUAGAAUCAAAAGAAUUUUAGGUUACUUUCAUUCUUUCGUGUAAUCGACUUUACGUGUAAACGAGAACAAAAAUAAAACAAGAAUAAAGAUGAAUUGUGAAAUUGCGAAAAAAUUUAUCGUACUAAUAUCGAAAAAAGAUAAACUAACGUGGAUAAAUGACAAAGUUUGAAACAGUAUUCGAGAAAUUUGUCUAUCGAGAACUUUAAUGUAUACGAGCUUUCGAUCCCAUAUCGUUGUGAUAUCACUUUUGAUUUCGAAAUUAGGGUUUCGAUCUCGGCGACAAGAUCUUUAAGCAUGAAUAUUUGAUAAUAAUUUAAGAUGAGAUGGCAUGGCUGUUGAUCAUCAUUAUGCUUGAAAUGUGUUAUGAAAAAUAAACAGAAUGUAUAAAAGCCCUUCA